UUAAUAUCUUACACGUGUAAAUGUUAGAACGUGUUGGAUGACGUCAUUGUAAUGCGCCGUUGUGGCCUGGGUUUGGGGCCUCAGGAACCUCUCGCUCUGCAGCUGAAGCUGGAAACACGUGAGCGACAACAGAAGUUAUGCAGAUAAAUCUAGAAAGAACAACAAUAUGGAUCCAGCUGGCUGCUGAAAAUUGUUUCAUUAUCAAACUGAUGCACUCUCAGAUGUGAGAUAGGUUUUGUGCUGCUGGAGAUAUCAGGAGGGCAAGAUAUCUUGGUUUGACCAGGACAGUCAUUCCUUUCAGAGGGAAGGAGAUUUUGUUGCAGAAUUAAGGUGUUUGCACAGAGGUGCAGGAUGGAGUCUCUGACCACUUCAUUGGCUUUAGGGAUUUUGACCGGAGUUGGAUGUGGGUUGUGCCUGGGUUGGAUGGUACGAGGACGAUUUGUUGGAUCCUUAAAAAUCCUGCCCUCUGUGCGAAAAGCAGGGAUGGAGACGAGCAUCAUGGGGGAGGGUGGGGAGUACAAGAUGGUUUUGGUAGUCCGGAAUGAUCUGAAGAUGGGGAAGGGUAAAGUGGCGGCUCAGUGCUCGCACGCCGCUGUCUCUGCCUACAGGCAAGUCCAGAAACGGAAUCCAGAUCUGCUGAGGCAGUGGGAGUACUGCGGGCAGCCCAAAGUGGUUGUCAAGGCGCCAGAUGAGGACUGCAUCAUCGACCUGCUGACACACGCCAAGGAGCUGGGGCUGACUGUGAGUUUGAUCCAGGAUGCUGGUCGCACUCAGAUAGCACCUGGGUCACGUACUGUCCUGGGUAUUGGACCAGGCUUAGCAAAAUUAGUGGACAAAGUUACAGGACAUCUGAAACUUUAUUGAAAUGUAUCUGAUAUGCAACUGAAUAGGGGUUAUAGGGACUCAUGGGUCUCAAACCUACAGCUGAAGUGUUAUCGACAAUCAAUAUGUCCCCGCUGAAGGGCUCCAGGAUCUUGUUUUUUGAGUCAAUCCAUAUUAAUAGGGUAUAGUGUGGUGCUCUUUAUUCAUUCUUUUUACGCUGACAAGUGAAUGGAUGUGGCUGGUACCCACUGUGUUGUUCUAUGUUGGCAAAAAUGUAACGUGCAGAGUGCUGGCGAUCUGCCAGCUCUGCUCACUCUGUCAUCAGAUGGCAGUGGCCCAGCUGAUACUGUUGUGUCUUGGGAUGUUAUGUUGUGCAGAAGUGCUGUGUUGGCUCUGGUUAAAAACCUCACCUAAUGAGGGCAACUCAAUGUCAGCUGAGGUGCAGAGGAAAUGGAGGCACUCCUGUCAACAGAGCUUCUGAGUUCCAGGCAACUUGCUAAAGAAUGUUAGCAACACACCGACACCAAUAAAACUCACAACAUCCGACAUGGAGGGCUCUUUCUAGCACACCCAUCUUGCUCCACUCCUGCCUGUUUACCAUGGGGAAAAACAAUGUUGUACAUAAUAUCCCUAGAAAUAUGAAAAUUCCAAAACACUGAUUAAUCAGCCUUGUGAGUUGAUUUAUGGGAUGUACUGAAUAUCAAUGACUUUCUGUAGCGGUUACUGACCCUUUCAAUUAAAGAAAAAUCUGCACAGCCUUCCUAAUCAGAACCAGUCUUGACCAAACAACAUGGAACCUGAGACAGAACAGCAUCAUGUGCACAAGAGAUCAGUGCAUUUAAUUAAUGCAAAUUGUAGAAAUUGUUACCUGAUGACUCUGAGAAACCAAAAGUUAUUUCACCUUUUUUUUGAAAAAUAUCUGCUCCCAAUGACUUUCUUCAUUGUUCCACAUUAAAGAAUCACAAACCUGAUGAAAGACUUUAAUGUGUUGGUAUUAUAUUUCUCAUGAAUUUGUGCUUAAACAUAAUGGCUGACUUCCAGAGUAAUUUUCUUCCUUUUAACCUUCUGUUUAAGUGGUAGAGCAUUUUUGUAUUAACACUUCCUGCAGCACUUGCUAGGUUAGCCUUCAUGGCCUCCAUUGUUAAGCAUCAGUGCCACUCUGUGUUUGGGUGGUACAAUUUUUAUGUAGUGAUUUAGUGGCGGAGUGGCAAAAUGUUGCUGUUGUGUGGUGUUAUCAUGUAUGCGGUGAUUUCAGAAACUAUCCACUUAAAUGAACUUUGAUGUCCUACUGCCUGACUUUAUACUUCUUCCUCCACAUAAACUCUCCUAGCCUUAUUCAUGGCCAUCUUGCAUCACAAUGGAAAGUCAGCAACCUGAAAGGUUGACUGUGUGUCUCCACAGAUGCUACCAGACCUGUUGAGUAUUUCCAGCAUUAUGUUUUUAUUUUAGAUUUCCAAGAUCUGCUGUAUUUUGAUUUUGAAUCUCAUGUGACAUCCCUACUCUCAUUGUCUUGAUCACAGUCUUCUUGUAUCGCUUGCUACCCAUAUCCUGCCCCUCCCCACUCUGUCUUCCAACACCUGCAUCUACCCCUAAAAAAACACUCCAAGUCACUGAAAGUUGCACUUUCAAACUUCCAACUGCUGAGCCUUUGGCCUCCCAAUCGCCACAGAAACCCUGCAGCUCUUGAUCUGUUCAUUCCUUUCCUGACCAUUCCCAUAGUAUAGCACCAUCCUUGCUCACUCAGGUCCAAAGGGACACAAACCUAAAGUUAACUGGUACACAACCAGUUUAACCAUACAUCAGAUCUGGCUGGACCACAUCAGGUAGAACAAGGCCCAUUGAUCCACCAAACAAUAUGACAAAUAUUGUUCGAACAACACUGGUAAGAAUAAUCCUUGGUUCCUCCUCUACCAACCAAUUCCUUAACCCUCAUCCUCCUCCUCUUCACCUUCUCACAAGAACGAGGCAAUCAUGGAUGUCCGUGUCCCUGAAAUUUAAACCAUUCGUUCAGCUGUCAUUGCUGUCUCCCUUUGUCUGUGAAGCCAAAGCAUUCCCAAGGGUUCUCCUCAACCACUCCCCACAUCUAGCCCCCAGCCAACCUGACCUGAACUUGCAUCCUUCUCUAGUUUCUCUCUCAAUCCCCUCAUUACUGACCACCCAACUUCCCUUUCUGACUCUAGUCAACACUCUAAAACAUCCCCUCACCUCAAAUACCAUCUUCCCUUUCAAAACUGCUGUCAUCACUCCCUCCUCAAAUAGCCACCCCUGAUCCCUUAGUCCAUGAAAACUACUGUCCCAUCUCCAACCUCCCUUCCCGAAAUUCCUGCCAGUCUUUCCUGCAACUCUCUCUCAAUUUCUGUAGUCGGGUUUUCGUUCCUGCCAACAGCUCUGAAAUGACCCUAAAUUACAGUCACAAGUGUCCUCUGCAACUACAAUCUUCUGUUGUUCACUAUCCUGCUUAUUCACCAGAAUUUUCAAGGGACGCCACUUUGCAUAACUUGUUUAGUUUGUUCUCUGGAUAUGGCCGUUGUUGACGGGACAGCAGCUGUCACUGAUUGCGAGUGGCAAGAUGAUGUUGGUGGGCCCCCUCCCUGGACUGUUGAAGUCCAUGUGCUGAUGGUUCUCCAGCAAUGUUGUCACAGCCCCCACCAUUUUAAAUAUCCAUUUUUAAAAUAGUCAGUCAUUUAUAUUGGCCAAAAAGCAAAAACCAUCAUCCAUUUGUAUUAAUGUCUUUGUAUUAUAGUAUCUCAAAUGAACUGUUUUAUCUCGGGCAGAAAAGGCCAUAUCUACUUACAGUCAUUGAAUGUACCUUAAUAAAAGAGCCUUACUGGU